AUGGCGGUCGGUCCACCGCUCGUCUAUGCGGACCAGACAAUUUCUAUAGUGCGAAAGAAAGACUCGACGGGGUUUUCGCGUGAUGUCUGUGGCGUACUGCUUAUAGCAAAUAUCACGCGUUUGUUCUUCUGGCUCGGGAAUCGCUUUGAAUUUGCACUACUCGUCCAAUCUAUCUUAAUGAUAUUAGCUCAGCUUGCAUUGCUAUAUAUUUGCUUGCUCUAUCGUCCACGGCUCAGUCCGGAGAAUAUGGGAAUCUCGUCUCGACCAUUCUCAUUCUGGCAAUGGCCGACUUAUGCACAACACAUCGAAUUCUUGGCUGGAAUGAUGUGUGUGGACUCUUAUAUCCUAACAGCUGUAUUGGGAGCUAAAGACCCAAUGUAUUACUAA